AUGAAAAAGUUUUUAUUGAUACUAUUUACCAUUUUAACAUUUUCAUUAUUAAUUACUGCGGAAGACGUUGAAGAUUAUCUAAGGAAAGAAAGUAUAAAUAUUGCCUCUUCACCACCUAAUACGAAACUUCCUCGUGGAACUGUUCUUAUGAUUGCUUCUGCAGAAAUGGAUGACUGGUUUAAUAUAAAUGGUAAAGGUUUAGGUGAAUAUUCUGGUUGGUACAUUUGUGAUGGAAGAAAUGGCACUCCAAAUUUAAGUGGUCGAUUUGUAGUUGGACGAGAUGUUCUAAAUAGUGGCUCCUCUUAUUCAAAUAUUGGUAUGAAAGGUGGCUUAGAUAAAGUAGUGCUAACUGUGAACGAAAUACCAAGUCAUUCGCAUACUUUCCAAGCGCAAACAUCGGCUUCAGGUGCGCAUUCUCAUAACUAUAAUGAUAUAACUUAUGCAGAUGGAUGCGAUGUAAUUGUCCCAAUGUAUAGAGGAAUUAAAUCGGGUACAGCAAACAAUAGAGCAUGCCAAGUAGGAAGAACGACAGAGGCAGCAAGCGAUCACGUUCAUACUAUGCACGGAUCAACUAGUAACAUUGGUGGAAACGCAGCUCAAGAAAAUCGUCCACCGUAUUAUGUGAUUGCUUAUAUAAUAUAUACAGGUGUUUGA